UUGCUGAAAGGUGCCGAAUCAAAAGGCAAAUAAAAUUGUGUCUGGAUUGCAGAGCAAGAAGAAAAUAAUAAAUAGAAAAUUUGACAGACAAAUCUGAUCGCCAUGGAUCCAAUGAAAUCAAAUGCUGUGAUAAAAGACCUACUGAAGACUGACAACAUUGACCAGUGGAAUGGGCCAGAUACUGGGACCGUUACGGUGGCCACACAAACUGAAGAUUUGAAAAUUCGUAGCUUGGAGACCAUACCGCAACCUCGAAAAUUCGCUAGGCCCAAGACAACGUAUCAGCAGCAGCAGAAGUGGCCAGAUAUGAACUUGGAAGUAACCAAUGAGACAGACAAGUGCACAACUCGCAACAAGGCGUGUCAGACUAUUAAAACUGGUGUCAAGCGAUUAUCGUCCGAUUCCCAAAUGGAUAACCUACGGGCCGUUAUGUAUCAAAGACGAAAAAUGGCCAUAGACAUGGAUCGGGCCCAUUUAGAGAAGUUAAUGGAGACAAUUAAUGCCGAUCCACCGCCCCCCUGGCAUGAGGCCUCACUCCUGUGGCUGGAGGUUGACAAGUUGGAGAAUCGCAUUGAGGAAUUCGACAAAGGCAAGACUCCGUAACAAGUUACACGAAGAACGAAACAUAAUCCGUCCAUAGCUAUAUUGUGAUUCUUACAGAUAUAGAAUAUGGAUCCAUAAAGGAAAAGGAAGAUACAGAUGCCGGAUUUAUUGGAACUAAGAUAUAUUAAAAUAGUCAAUAAGCACGAGUAAGUCUUCAAGCAAGAGCGCGCGCUGUCAGAUCAGGCUCUGGAAAAUUUGAGCGAAAGGAUCUCUUAAUUAUUCUUUGCUAGCCAGGCGGCACUCCAAGAGCCAAGACCCUUUACAAUCGCGCCAAAGCUGGUCGGCCACUGAUUUCAGCAGCUGAAUAUGCUAGCAGUACGUUCCUAUUGAGGAAUAUAACCAAUAUGGCCGACUUCUAAGCCGAGCAAGGGGCAAAAAGUGGACUCUCCAAGGAACACAGAAUUGAACCACGACUACACUAGGCUGACUGUGUGUUGAAAAUACAAGCACCCGAUUUGUGCACCUGAGAAAGGAGAACAUAUACAACCUAAUAUUCUAUUACCUCAAAAACUGAAACCCAAGACGAUUCUGUGGAGGGGAUCAGAAGACUUUAGAAAACGUUUUAUGUGAAUGCCCUGUACCUC